GGGAUGAUGUUUGCUUGGAGGAGCACAGGAGCUGGAUUCCGUGCUUCUAGAUGUUCUUCAGUUUUCCCACAAGUGCGGCUGACAAAACCUGGGACUCGGUUUAUUGAUUCUGAUUUUUAUUUUUUUGAGGGAGCAGCAACUGAUCUCAGGAAUAUUUGCGGAUAAAUUUCACAGAGUGUUCUUAAUUUUGAGUGUUUUUAAUUGUUCAGAUUAAAACUAAAAGGAUUUGGAAUUUUAAGUAUUUUUAAAACAUUUUCUUCUAUAAGAUGAGGCAGCCGCAGAAGUUCAGAGCGCUGUUCUGUGUUGUCUGGUGUCUCCGGUGUGUUGCUGCUGCAUCUCUGCCUUCUGCAGACCCGGAGGGAAGCCACCACCCUCCCUCUACUGCUGCCCCAUCUUCUCCGUCUCCGGUGAUGCAAUCCUCCUAUCCCUCUCAGGAGUUUCUGACUCAGUUUACCCAGGUGAGCUCUCCAAACAGCGGGGACCGUAAACACCGGGAUGCCAGUGCUGUGAUGCCCUUCAUCGGCCUCACCAGCAGUGCUGAGCAGAGUCGCAGCUGCUGUAAGAAUGGAGGAACGUGUAUCCUGGGCAGCUUCUGCGUCUGCCCCCCAUUCUUUACUGGGAGGAGCUGUGAGUACGACACCCGAAAGAGACAAUGUGAUUUUAUUCCUCAUGGUGAGUGGGUCCAGAAAGGCUGCUCCUAUUGUCGCUGUUUCUACGGCGUCUUACAUUGCUUCCCUCACAUGUUCCACAAAGACUGUGAUGACUCGGACGAGGAGGUGCGUUGGUAUCAUUCGUCGGCUGUCAAGAUGCUUCCUCUCAGCUGUUUCCUGUAUCUGCUGCUGCUACUUCCUGUACUGCUCGUGCUCCGAUGCUCUCCCUGAAUCCGAGACCCAGCAACCUCCACCGGGAACUCGGUUUCUCUUGGUUUGAAAGCAGACGUGCGGCUUUCAGGUGCAUCCAGAACGAGCACGGUCGCUUGGAUUUUAUUCUCUUCUCUGCUCUAAACUGACCCAUAUAGGAAUGCAUAAAGCUUGAGGACCAAUCAGAUGUUAAUGCAAUUUGGAUGUUAGCGAGAACACGUAACCUGGUGUGUUUUUAUGCAACCAUCUAAAAUGUUUCAACAGUAAAAGCGAUGACAGUAGUUCUUCCCUUGACCUUAUAAAAUAAACCCUGCUGUGUGUUUGUCUCAAAGAUUUAAAUGAAAUGAAGGAAGCUGUACAUAAGAUUUUUAUGGAAAAUAUUUCUUUUUUUGCGAAAGAAAAUACUUUCUGUUAUUCUUGUUUAAAACUUGCACAAAUUGAUCCAAUGUGACACUUUGCCUUUUAAAUAUAACCCUAAUGUGUUUAAUUAAUGCCUUAUUUAUGUUGCUGUUGCUCAGGGUUUUGUUUUAAGGGAAUUUCAUUUAAAUUUUUGAAUCAGAUCUAUUGAAGCCGACCAGUUGAACUUUCCGGUCCGGGAGCAUUUUGCUGUCUUUCCCAGUGUGUCACUCUGUUAUCUGGAGGUAUUUCCAGAGGAGAGCCGUUCUCUCCUGGCUGUUAUCUCCACAGUUUACUGAUGAGGUUUAAUUUGAUUAUCUGCUGCUUUCUUAUCUUAAACAAACACAAGAGCUGCUGUUCUGCAAUCCGUCUGCUGGUGCUGCUGCUCCAAAAAGUAAGCAGCAGCAUCAAAAUAAUGAAUGUUUUUCUAUUAUUUAACAUUAUUUUCUAAUAUUUAACACUAUGCCUAAAGAAGUUUGUUUCCAAAGGCCCAUAAGGAGAUCUCACAUGUGGAAAACUGCAAAUGUAAUGAUUACUUUAUGAAGUAAUCCAAUGAUAGUGAAGCUGCUAAAAUGAUUUUUAUACCCUGUCUUGCAAAGUAUUCAUACCUUUAUCACAUUACAACCACAAACCUCAGUGUAUUCUGUUGUAAAUUUUGUUCUGUUAAUUGGAAGAAAUGAAGCACAAUAAAACAUUUUUAAAGUU